AUGGAAUUUGUUUCUUUAAUUGCCGAGAAGGUCGUGGACUAUUUGUUUGUAGCUGCUGGCGGUCAACUUGGUUACUUGGUUCAUUACAACGACAACAUUGAAAACUUGAAAAAGCAAGCUAAGAAGCUGGCAGAUAGCAGAGACAUGGUGCAACAGAAAAUCGAAUUUGCUGAAAGAAAUGGAGAAACCAUCUUCGCUACUGUUCAAAGCUGGAUAGCAGAAGCGGAUAAGAUUUCCGCAGAAACUGAAAAGUUUUUGGAAGAUGACAAAGCCAACAAGAGGUGUCUCAAAGGGUGGUGCAUUAAUCUCAAACAACGUUAUCGAUUUAGUAAGGAGGCAAAGAAGCAUUCUCUGGAGAUUUCUAAUCGGCUCCAAGAAAUGGAAAAGUUUGAGAGUGUGUCUUGUCCUGCUCCUCCGGCUGGAAUUAUAUCGUCAUCGAAGUUAUUUUCUUCAGGCACUUUUGAAUCUAGAAAUUCAAUUAAAAAGCAAAUCGUGAAGGUGCUAAUUGAUGAUCAUAAUGUCAGCAUAAUUGGAAUAUGUGGGAUGGGCGGCGUGGGUAAGACCACGCUAGUGAAAGAAAUUGGCCAACAAGCAAAAGAAGAAAAGAUAUAUGAUGAAGUAGUGAUGGCGGUUGUCUCUCAAACCCCGAGUAUUAUGAAGAUUCAAGGCGACAUUGCUGACAUGUUAGGUGUAACAAAGUCUUUGCCGACUAAUUCUGAAUUAGCAAGAGCACGUUUCUUGUGGGACAGAAUCAAGGAGAAGAAGCACAUCCUGGUAAUACUGGAUGACAUUUGGGAAAGAAUUGAAUUGAAUGACAUUGGUAUUCCUCUUGGGAAUGAUCAUCGUGGUUGUAAAAUUGUUAUCACCUCUCGAAGCAAAACUGCGUGUACUCAAAUGACUUGUCAAAAGAUAUUUACAGUUGAAGUUUUAUCGAAACAAGAAUCUUGGGUUCUUUUUAGAGAAAUUGUUGGCUCGAAUGUCGAAACAACUGAAAUAAACCCAAUUGCAAGAGAUGUUGCUGCUAAAUGUGAUGGCUUGCCGAUUGCUAUUGUGACAAUAGCAAGAGCAUUGAAGGACAAGAACACUACUGUUUGGAGGGAUGCUUUGCGACAACUUAAAAGGUCCACCCCAACAAACAUCCCAGGAACGGAAAAAAACAUUAUUUCCUCUCUGGAAUUGAGCUUCACUUAUCUCGAAAGUGUGGAGGCAAAAACACUUUUCUUAUUUUGUAGCUUAUUUCCAGAGGAUUACAAAAUUCGAAUUGAAGAUUUGGUUAGAUACGGGAUCGGUUUAAGGUGGUUUGAAGACAUCGAUGAGAAGAUAGAAGAUAUCAGAGAUAGAAUAUUUGGUAUUGUAAGUACCAUCACCUCUUCUUUUCUCUUAAUUGAUGAUGGUGAAAAGUUUGUUAAAAUGCAUGAUGUUAUCCGUGAUUUUGCAUUAGUGAUAGCUCCUAAAUACAACCAUAGAUUUAUGACGAAAGCUGGCCUUGGUUUACAAGAGUGGUCAAAUAGAGAUACAUUUGAAAAUUUCACAUGUAUCUCAUUGAUGACAAAUAAUAUUAGGGAGCUACCUAAAGGGUUGGAAUGUCCAAAAUUACAGGCUUUGUUACUACAAGAAAAUACAAAUUUGGUUGUCCCUAGUUGUUUCUUUCGGGAAAUAAAAGAUCUCAAAGUUUUAGAUUUGAGUCAAACUAAACUCUGGUCAUUGCCUGAAUCACUUUCAUUUCUUUUAACUGUUAGAACACUAAAUCUUAGUGGUUGCAAUUUAGGGGACCUAUCAGUGAUCGGAAGUCUAAAUAAACUAGAGAUUCUUAGCCUUUCCGAAUCUUCUAUUCAAGAGAUCCCUGUUUCCUUUAGCCAAUUAAAUAAUCUCAGGUUAUUAGAUUUGAAUAAUUGUGAGGAGUUAACACUAAUACCUCGUGGCGUUAUACCGUCACUUAAAAAGUUAGAGGAGUUGUACAUUAAUAGAUUUAAGCAAUGGGAAUCUGAAAGUGAGAAUUUGAAAAGCAAUGCCAAUCUUGUUGAGUUAGAAGCCUUGUCUCGAUUGACUCAUUUAGAGAUUUCUAUUUCAAACCUUGACCUCUCAUCAAAAUUAUACUCAAGAAAUAUGCGUGUCUCACAAACCAACAUUUCAAAAAUACAUGAUUGGGUUAAAGGUUUGCUCAAAAGAACUGAGUAUCUAGUUUUAGAGAAAAUUGCUAAUUUAGAGAGUAUUAGCCAUAACCUAGUUGAAGAAGGGUUCAAUGAAUUGAAGUAUCUUGAUAUCACAUCAUGUGAUGAGAUAAAGUAUCUCCUAAAUACAUUUGAAUGGACACCAAACUCAACUUUCUACAAUUUAGAGGAAUUGUAUAUGUAUUCUAACCCCAACUUGGUUGAACUAUGUCAUGGACAACCUCCAACCCCAUCUUUUAGUAAAUUAAAAAUUUUAAGAGUGUGGAACUGCCACAACAUGUUAAAUGUUGUACCAAGUCUACUCCAAAGCCUUAUUUGUUUGGAAGAAAUAGAUAUAGAUGAUUGCAAUAAUUUAGAGGAGAUCUUUGAGAAGAAAGAAGCUUUGAAUGAGGAGUUAGACCACACCAUAACCUCCCCAAGUUUGGGAAACCUGACUACUAUACAAAUAAAUGAUUGUGAUAAAUUAAAAAACCUCUUCACCCCUUCCAUUGUCAAAUGCCUGGUGAAGCUCAAAAGUCUUCAAAUAUGGGGAUGCUCAACAAUAGAAGAAAUAGUCACAAAUGAGAAAGGAGAAAAAGAAGCAUCAAUAGAGAAGAUAGUGUUUCCUAGUUUGUACUACUUGGACCUUUAUAAUCUAGACAACCUCACUUGUUUUAGCUUUGGAUCAUAUACUAUUGAAUACCCAUCAUUGGAGAGGCUAGAGAUAUGGAAAUGUGGAAAAAUGAAGACCUUUGGUUAUGGAGAGCAAGUGACACCCAAGCUUAACAAAGUGCUUCCAGAAUUGCAUUAUCGUUGGAAUGGCAACUUGAAUGCCACAGUGCAAGAGUACUUCAAUGAACAGGGGGAUGGGAUUGUUCUUUCUAGUGCCCCUCCAUUGCCACCACCUCAGUCAGGAAGGAGUUUCAUUGAUCAAAUUUCACUUUUUGAGGGAAGCAAAAGCGAGGGGGUGCCCCUCAUUUCUGUGGCCUUGCCUCCUUGUCCAUCCAGGUCCCAUGUUUCUCUUAGGUGGGACCAGAAUUCGGAAAAUGUCACUGGAGGGGAUGCAGGGUUUGAUCGUGGUGGGACUUUGUGGUUCCAGAACUUGACUGAAUUCCCUCAUGGUCUUUUAGGCGCCAUCUUUCCAAUAGUGAUAGCUGCUCUCACUCCUCUAAUGUUGAGGGUCAUUCUCCCUCCCCCUUCAUGUGUGUUCAUAUAUUUAAUUUGCAAUGAAUUUUUGUUCGACUCGUAUGCAUUUCUCAUAGUGCCUCUGCCAUUUCCACCACCCCUGUCAAGGAGGAGUUUCAUUGAUCAAAUUUCACUUUUUCGGAGGGGAACAAACAAUCGGGUGUCCCUCAUUUCUGUGGUUCCUGGCUCCUUGUCCAUCCAGUAUUCAGAGAAUGUCAAUGGAGGUCAUCCAGGGUUUGAUUGUGGUAGCACUAAUUUAGAAGAAGAAGAAGACAAGAAAAAGAAGACGAAGAACUUCUUUUGA